GUGGUGAGGGGCUCGAGCAUCUUUACUGCGGCACCAUGAGUUCUGGACCCCUUCAACUCGGGCUCGUUAACUGCAACAACAAGUACCUCACCGCGGAGGCGUUUGGCUUCAAGAUCAAUGCUUCGGCCUCCAGUUUGAAGAAGAAGCAAGUGUGGAGCCUGGAGCCGGCGGGGGACGAUACCAGCGCCGUUUUACUUCGGAGCCACCUUGGCCGGUUCCUUUCUGCGGAUAAAGAUGGGAAGGUGUCCGGGGAGAGCGAUACGGCGGGACCCGAGUGCCGCUUCUUGGUCAGUGCGCAGGGAGACGGGCGUUGGGCACUGCAGUCCGAGUUGUUCGGCCGCUACUUUGGAGGCUCCGAGGACCGAAUUAGCUGCUUCUCUCCUUCGGUAUCUCCUGCCGAGAAAUGGGGAGUCCACCUGGCCAUGCACCCCCAGUUCACCCUGUACAGCGUCACCCGCAAGCGCUACGCCCGCCUGAGUGCGAGUGGGGACGAGUUGUCGGUGGAACGCGACGUGCCGUGGGGGGUGGACUCGCUCAUCACUCUCCUCUUCCAGGAGAACCGCUACAGCAUCCAGACCCCCGACCACCGCCUCCUCGCCUCCGACGGCAGCUUGAGAGAGAAGCCCGGCCCCGACACCGCUUACACGCUCGACAUCUCCGCCGGCAAAGUGGCGUUUAGAGGCAGCGACGGGCGCUAUUUAACCUCGUCCGGCCCGAGUGGCACCUUGAAGUCCGGCAAGAACAGCAAAGCCGGGAGGGACGAGUUAUUCGUGCUGGAGAGAAGCUGCCCGCAAGUGGUUCUGACUGCCGGCAACGGGAGGAACGUGUCUACAAGGCAAGGUAUUGAUCUUUCAGCAAAUCAGGAUGAGGAGAGUGACCAGGAAACCUUUCAACUGGAAAUCAACAAAGAUACAAAGAUGUGUGCUUUCCGGACUCACACUGGAAAGUAUUGGACCCUUUCCAGCAAUGGAGGGAUUCAGGCAUCUGCUUCUACACUGAAUAGCAGCUGUUAUUUUGAAAUCGACUGGUGUGACCGUAGAAUCACCCUUAAAGGAGUCAAUGGAAAAUAUGUCACAGCCAAGAAGAAUGGGCAACUGUCUGCUUCUGUAGAUACACCAGGAGAGACGGAGCUCUUUUUAAUGAAACUUAUUAACCGUCCCCUGAUCGUUUUGAGGGGUGAACAUGGUUUCAUUGGCUGCCGUAAAAUGACUGGGACCCUUGAUAGCAACCGCUCCAUUUAUGAUGUUUUUGAACUGGAAUUCAAUGAUGGUGCUUACAGCCUCAAAGAUGCCACUGGGAAAUACUGGACUGUGGGAAGUGAUAUGUCCGUUACCAGCAGUAGUUCCACUCGGGUGGAUUUCUUCUUUGAAUUCUGCGACUACAACAAAGUGGCAAUCAAAGUCAAUGGCCUUUAUCUCAAAGGUGACCACGCUGGUGUUCUGAAAGCAAAUGCCGAGAACAUCGACUCUACCACACUCUGGGAAUACUAAGCAUAAUCUGAGGCUGAAUCACUAGCCAUGUCUGACCUUGUAUUCAAAUGUGUCCCUUGUGCCUGUUUGCUCUUACCAGGGCAAUAUAAUACAAAUCUUGUCUUGCUUGGAGUAACCGUUCUUUCUUUCUUUUAGUCACUAUCUGCAGUUUAUGACCAAAUAUACACCUAUAGCACUUCUGUGGUGCAGGGCAUUGUUUGUUGCCACAAUCUUAGUACCCUCUAAUGUUCUAUAGUAAAUUUUUAAAAACCAAUCUACAAAGACAUGCAGAUGCAGCUAAAUUGGCCCAUGUCGUUUUUAAUAUUCGUUUACAUCCAUAAAUAGAACUGCUUAUUAACAAGGUAUUUUUUAACUAUGGUAGGAUUCCUGGGAUGACCCCCCCCCCCCCUUGGUAGAUUUAAGAACUAUAUUAGUCUUUAACAGUCUUGGUUAGGAGAAAAAGAAAGAAAAUGGCAUCUCUUAGGAGGCACUUUAAGUGACGGCGAUCAUAUUUUGCCAAGUACUAGUACUAGCUACUUUGAAAAAAAAGUUUGCUUUUUUAAGAAAAAAUGCAAAACUUGCACAUUUAACCAUUUAUGCCUAGUGUUUUAUAGGGCCGUAUUCCUCCCUGUAGAAAGGUUUAUGUAAUUGGAAAGGUAGAAUCUUAAUAGUAAUCCAAACAGUAUUAAUGUCUUUAUUUACUUUCUGUCUACCAAUGAACCUCAUCUCAGCCUCUCUAUCUCAGCAGUAAAUGUAAUAUACUUUGUGGUGCUAAAUGACAAUGCUCUACAUUUAAAAUAAGUCCAAAUGUCAUAAAAUGUAUCACCUACAGAUAAGUACCAAGUAUUUAAAGUUUAAUAACAUUUGUAUGUCAGUCUGGGCUAUUUAAAUCUCUCUGCCAUGCGACUGACCUGAACUUCAGUUGUGACUAAAGCCUUACUUGCUGCUUCCACACUCCUGUGAUUUGAUUUGUCAAGCUGCCACAUGCUGAUUCUAUUGUCUUAAGUGCCAUUUUGAGAACAUAGCAGUGUAGAGAAAUAAACCCAUUUGUUCCAGUAAAUGGACUGUACUGGUGUGUAUGCAUUUUCCCUCAACGAUCAAAACAUCAAGGUGCAUUUAUCAUUUUUGUUUCCUUAUUGAAAGAGCUCUGAGAGCUAUAUCAUUUUUUUUUUCUUGUAUACUAUUCAUUUGUGAAUAAACAAGGAGGAACACA